AUGGCGACCGCACGGCCUGUGGUGUCCAUCUACAACUUCGAGAACCCCUCGGAGAAGACCGGCACGAUGCCCAUGCCGGUGGUGCUGCAGUCGCCACUGCGGCCUGACCUGGUGCGCGAGGUGCACCGAGACAUGGCCAAGAACAAGAGGCAGGCCUAUGCCGUGAAGCCCAAGGCCGGCUACGACACCGCGGCGGAAUCCUGGUGCACCGGCCGCGCCGUGGCGCGUAUUCCCCGCGCGCCGGGCGGCGGCACUCACCGCGCAGGGCAGGCUGCCUUCGGCAACCAGGCGCGCGGCGGAGGGAUGUUCAACCCGACGACCAUUUGGCGCCGUUGGCAUCGAAGGGUGAACGUCACCAAGAAGCGCCACGCCGUGGCCUGCGCCUUGGCCGCCAGCGCCCUGCCGCCUCUGGUGAUGGCUCGAGGCCACAAGAUCAACCAGGUGGCUGAACUUCCCCUGGUGGUGAGUGAUGGCAUCCAGUCCUUGACCAAGACCAAGCAGGCCAAGGAGGCCUUGAAGAAGCUGGGCUGCGGCGAGGAGCUGCAGAAGGUCAUUGACUCCAAGAGCAUCCGCGCCGGACAGGGCAAGGCACGCAACCGCCGCUACGUGAAGCGUUUGGGCCCAUUGGUGAUCUACAAUGAGGACAACGGCAUCACCCGCGCCAUGCGCAACAUCCCCGGCGUGGAGUGCGCCCACGUGGACCGCCUGAACCUGCUGCGUUUGGCACCGGGAGGCAGCUUCGGGCGCUUCGUGAUCUUCACUGAGGGCGCGUUCAAGAAGCUCUCGGACAUCUAUGGAACCUUGAAGAGCGGCGCCCCCAAGAAGAAGGGCUACACCUUGCCCCGAGCUGCCAUGGCCAACGCGGACCUCGCGCGUAUCAUCAACAGCACUGAGGUGCAGUCCGUGCUGCGGCCCAAGAUGGAGCGAUACACUCACGGCAUCAAGCGCAACGCCUUGAAGAGCAAGGAGCUCAUGGAGGAGCUGAACCCGGGCUCCACGGAGCGCAGGGCCGUGCAGCUGAAGUCCUCCCAGAAGGGCACUCCGGAGUACGAUGAGGUGCAGAAAAAGAAGAAGGCCCGCAUCGAAGAGUCCAAGAAGUACAACAAGGAGCACAAGAAGGGCGAUGAGACUUUCUACAAGACCUUGAUGAAGGCUUUUGAGGCGAAGGCUGCCGCUGAUGCGGCCAAGAAGGCUGCCGAGAAGGCUGACGACGAGGAGGAUGACGCAUGGCCAGGUGCCCUCGCCAAGCAGAAGUUGGCUACCGCAGACCCUUCCUGCUCGGCAGCGCCUGAGUGUGCCAAGCUGAAGUUGCAAGGGAACUGCUGCCCCAACGACGCCGGGGUCAGCUUGGGCUGCUGCCCGGGCGGCGGCAGUGUGGUGCCUGCGCCGGAGGUGGCGAGCGUGGCCAAGGACUCCAAGAGGCUGUGUGAAAACAACCCCGCUUGCGCUGAACUGAACUUGAAGGGCCUGUGCUGCCCCAAUCCUGCGGGUGCGGCCCUAGGCUGCUGCGACUCAGAGAUUGAGAAGCAGGACAUGUUGGGCGCGGGGCCAGCGCCCGAGUUGGCGCCCCCUGCUCUGGAGCCAGGUCCCUUGAUGACUUUCUACCUCUACCGUGUGGACAACGAUCAGAGGUACAAGUUGAACGGCGUGAACAUGGCGAACUUGUUGGGUGAUGUGUGGUAUUUGCACAACGAGGUGGUCUUCAACUGCCCGAGGAAGUUCAACAUCUCUCGCUUGACCCGCUUCAAAGUGUCCUAUCGCGCCACCCGGGAGCUGCGUGGCCAGGAAAAGAACUUCGACCACUUCGUGGCAUUCGACAAGGCCAAGUGCACCGUGCCUGGCUGCAGCCAGCUCCACUGGGAUCCCUUGGGCUACGUCUUGGGCUGCACGAAGAACGACCCUGGCCGUGUGGCGCUGCCUGGUGAGGCGGCCUGGUACUCCUUGCCUGGGACCUGUCCCAGCAAGUUCUACUUCCAGAAGAGUGCCAGCUGCAUCCAGAACGAGCCCGGCGGCCAGUGCAAGGGCAAGGAGGUUACAGGCGCCAGGGAUUGCACCUACACCAUCGAAGAAGCGGGCGAGAUCCCUUUGGAUGACCUCUCAGGCAUCAAGAACUACAACGACGUUUGCGAGAGCACCGGCGUGAGGGAGUACGAUGAGACCACGGACAAGGGCGUUGGCACCAGCUUCUGGAACGGAGCCUGGGCCCAGAAAGGCGGACCCCAAGAAGGGCAAGCACCGUGUGAAGCAUAUCACGAGGCUCUUUGCCAAGCGCUUCCCCCAGUUCCCUGCGGAGUUGCCGGACCCCACCUGUGA